AUGAAACCCCCGUUCAGGACUAUUCCGCGAUAUCCUCCCCUACGGUGGCCGCCGUCGCAGCGCAUACGCACCUUCGCCGACAUCCGCCAACAUCCGGGUAAUGAUAAGGAGCGCGUCGUCGUCCUGGGCUCCGGAUGGGGAGGAUACACCCUCUCGCGAAAACUAUCGCCGCGACACUUCGCCCCAGUCGUGAUCUCCCCUCGCUCGUACUUCGUCUUCACGCCGUUGCUCACCGACACUGCCGGCGGGGACCUGGACUUCUCGCAUAUCGUCGAGCCCGUGCGCGAUCCCAGGUUCAAGCUCGACUUCAUCCAGGCUGCGGCGCGGGCCAUUGAUAUAGACCGCAAGACUGUCCUCUGUGAACCGACUAUCGUCCGGAGCGGCGUUACCGAGACUCACACGGAGGAAGACCAGCAGAAGAAUGGGAAGGAUGUGAAUAAGUGGGAACACAGCGAGAUGUUCCACGUCCCCUAUGAUAAAUUGAUCAUCUCAGUCGGUGCAAUCAGCCGGACAUUCAAAACGCCAGGCGUCAAAGACAACGCCAUCUUCUUCCGAGACAUUGGCGACUCGCGCCGUGUGCGCCGCCGCGUCCGCGAAUGCUUCGAGCUCGCUGUUCUUCCGACGACCAGCGACGAAAUGCGCCGCCAUCUUCUGCAUUUCGCCAUCGUGGGCGCUGGUCCGACCGGUACUGAACUCGCGGCUGCGUUGCGCGACUUUAUUUACACGGAUCUGAUCACCCUGUAUCCGACUUUGGUGGGUUUGCCGCGCAUUUCACUGUAUGAUGUUGCGCCGAAGGUGCUGUCUAUGUUCGAUGAGUCGCUGUCGCGGUAUGCCAAAGAGACCAUGAAGAAGGAGGGGAUUGAUGUGCGCACUUCGCAUCAUAUCGAGGAUCUCCGAUGGGGUGUUCCUGGUGCUGAGCCACCAUAUGAGAUGGAUCCCCGGAGUUGCCUAACCCUUACGACGAAGGAGGAGGGUCAGGUUGGUGUAGGGAUGUGUGUCUGGGCAACAGGAAAUGCGAUGAAUGAGCUUGUUAGGGAUUCUCUGCGCGAUGUUGAAGUCUUCCCUGCGAACUCGGCCGUUAUGCAGGACGGUUCGAAGCCGCCGCAGGAUGCAUCCAAGCGGUCGUGGUCGUAUAAGAAGGCUUCGCAGACAGGUGCACUUUUAGUGGAUGGGCACUUGCGCGUCCAGCUUCAGGACGGAUCUGGUACAACUGCAGUUCUUAAAGAUGUAUUUGCGCUUGGAGACAAUGCGAUGCCGGAGAAUGGAGCACCCCCAGCAACAGCCCAGGCGACCGCCCAGGAAGCAAAGUGGCUGGCGGCGCGACUUAAUCACGGCGAUUUGCAGAAAUCGCCCCCGUUCUCGUUCAAGAAUAUGGGCACGCUGGCGUAUAUUGGGGAUGCGCGGGCCCUCAUGCAGCUGCCGGACGAAGGCGAUGGGAAGUUUCUGCCACAAAAAGUAACAGGGAGAAUGGCCUGGUUAGUGUGGAAUUCGGCAUAUCUGACUAUGACUAUUAGCUGGCGCAAUAAGUUGAGGGUUGCGUUUCGGUGGAUGCUGAAUCGGAUUUUUGGGAGGGACAUCUCGCGGUAUUAG